CCCGCCACAGCACGUAGACAUGGCCGCUCGUCCAUCGACGCCCCUGACCCUCGCAACCGCCGCGUGGUGCCUCCUCGGACUCGCCACCCUCGCGGUCAAGGCCGACCAGGGCGCCCUUAAGGUCGAGAACAUCUACGUCCCGGAAGUAUGCGACGUCAAGUCGAAGAAGGGCGACCAGCUCACCAUGCACUACACCGGAACGCUACAGGACGGCACUAAAUUCGACUCGAGCCUGGACAGGGACCAGCCCUUCACCUUCCAGCUUGGUGUAGGUCAGGUCAUCAAGGGGUGGGACCAGGGCCUGCUGGACAUGUGCGUGGGCGAGAAGAGGAAGCUGACCAUCCCACCUGAGCUGGGAUACGGAACCCGCGGCGCUGGAAAUGUCAUCCCAGGAGGCGCCACGUUGCACUUCGACGUGGAGCUUAUCAACAUUAGCGACUCGCCGCCCACCGCCAACGUCUUCAAGGAGAUCGACGGUGACAAGGACAAUCAGCUGUCCCGCGAGGAGGUGAGAGCAAUGGUGAGCGAUUACCUGAGGAAGCAGAUCAUGGAGGCCGAGCAAAGCGGCGAGAGCGACGAGGUGAAGAAGAUGAUAGCCGACCACGACAAGCUGGUCGAGGAGAUCUUCCAGCACGAGGACAAGGACAGGAACGGAUUCAUCUCCUACGACGAGUUCAGCGGGCCGAAGCACGACGAGCUUUGAAGUCGCCGCCGGUGAUCCCCGGAAGCCUCGUCGGCCCACCGGACGUCCGGAAGACACCCCGAAGACGUGCACCCUUUCGACGAAACGACAUCCGCGACCGAAAGGAAGACCCGCGUCAGUCCAGGGACUCGUGGGUCGUCGCAAGCUCGAGGGGACUCGUGAGUCGGGUCCUUUGAAGCGUCCUGAGGGGUCCUCGGCCGGGAGGAGGUCCUUCCUCCCCCGGUGGAGGUCCUCGAGGUCCGCGAGACCGCGCCCGGGGAAAUUCGGCGGGGACUCCACCGUCAUGGAGAGCGACGAAUUGAUUUUCCCUUCCCCCCCAUCCGGACGAUCCUUGAGGUCCUUAAGAUCCCCGAGAUCCUUCGGAUCCACGGGGGGGAAGAUCAAUCCCACCCCUCCGCAAUCCCUCCGGGUGCGGUCAAGCACGCGCCCAUGCACACCCUCGUUACCCCCAGGAACAUUCCACGACUGUACAUUGCUCGAGUCACGUAAAAAGGUGCAACCCUUAGUGUAAAUACCGCCCAAGGGGUGGAAGACGAGCCGGGGCCUUGUCUAUUUAUUACGAAGGUCCUCUCGACCCUCGGACCUCUCGUCUCCCUCCCCGGGGUCGGGACCCUCCCCCGUGUCUUUUUAAACCCCUUCCCGACGACCCUCGACCUCGACACCUCCCCCGAUCGCCCUCGUCUCGGAAGCGGAAACACCGAGCGCUAUCAUUACUGUAACUAAUGCGUUUUUAUUACUACAUAUAUUGUACGCUGUUAAAGUUGGACGAAGGUUAACAAUAAAUCGUGCGCAACGCGCACAGUUUGUUAUACA